AUGUCCGAGAAGCGUGGGCUAGACAAGGUGAAGGAGCUCGAGUUGCAAGUGAAAGAGAAGCUAGACUGGCAUCGUCACUGUGCUCAAGGCUUGCAGGAAGGCUACAGCAUUGCUGAGGACCUCCAGUUUUCACGUGUUCUUGAUCAUGAUAAAGCUGAGGAGCGACCUUACAAGUCACGCAAAACUGAAAGAAAAACCGUCCUGCACUGGGGUCAACGGAAGCUCAUCCUGGCAGAGAUCGAGUUCUUGACUCGAUACUAUGAGAAGGCCACAUGUGUGGUGUAUGCCGGAGCUGCCCCGGGAACUCACAUUGCGUUCUUGGCGAAGAUGUUUCCGAAGCUUCACUUCGAACUCAUCGAUGGCCGACCCUUCUCUAGGAAGCUGGAGGUUGAUGCCAAAGAGCUGAAGGAUGAGCAAGGCAAACAAAGGAUUUGCAUGCGUCAAGAGCUUUUUACCGAUGACUUGGCCAAAGAAUAUGCGCUCAGGGAGGGUAUUCUAUUCAUUUCGGAUGUGAGAACGAGCAAAGACGAUGAGUUUCAUCCCAGUCAAGCGGUUAUUGAAGAAGAUAUGAAGCUGCAAAUGUCUUGGCACCUUCUCAUGAAACCUCUGGCUUCCAGCUUCAAGUUCCGGCUCCCAUGGGGUGCUGGCAGGACUCACUACCUGAAUGGCACCAUUUUCCUGCCAGUUUGGGGUCCAGAGACCACGACCGAAAGUCGUCUAUUUGUGGAAUCUGGAGGUUCAGAAGCCGAGUGUCUGAAGACCUACGACAAUGAGAAAUAUGAGCAGCAGAUGUUCUAUUUCAACACCCACCGGCGCAUUGCCAAGUACAAACACGAAUAUUUGGACUACUUCAGGUGCGCUUGCUUUGACUGCACCUCAGAAGCGGCCAUCCUGCAGGGCUACAUGGACCACUUGGGAGUUCCAGCGGCGCUAGAAGAGAUCCAGGACGUUCCGACCUUGAGCCGUUGGCUUCACAAAGAAUGCCAUCGAGACCACGAGAACCCGCGCAGCCUCUUCCAUGGUAACCCAGAUCCCGUGGAAAGGAAGAGGCGAAUUCAGAAGAGGCAAAGAUUGGAAGAUCCAUGCGCAGCGGAG